UUCUUCACUGAACUGGAUGAAGCGUGGAGGACAUUUGACUGGAGAGAGAAGGAAAUGCUGAAAAGACGUCUAGAAAAGUUUACUCUGAGUAAUCCAGAUGUGAAAAACAUGAAGAUCCUGGUGGCUGGACAAAUUGGAGCAGGGAAGUCCAGCUUUAUUAACUCUGUCCUUAGUGUCUUUCAAGGAGAAAUAGUUAAUGAAGCAAUAGCUGAAGAUUUGGGAUCAGCCGCCAGUCACAGUUCCACAAAAAAACUGAGAGCAUACCGCAUCAGAAGUAAAGAUGCAGAUUUGCCUUUUGAAUUAUGUGACAUAAAAGGUUUAGAACCUGAAAAAAUAUCUGAGUGUCAAAUAGAAGACAUUUUCAGCCAUAUUUCAGACAUAUUUGGCCAUGUGAAGAAGGGAUAUAAAGUAUUCUGCCUAGUUUACAUCAUAGAUGCAAGUACAAUCCAAUUCGCUGCAGAUGAUAAGAUAAUUACAGAGAAACUGAGGAAGAUCCGCCAGACCAUCAAUGAUAAAGGGAUUCCUCAAGUGAUUGUCAUGUCUAAAGUGGAUGAAGCAAGUUAUCUGGUCAAAAAUGAUCUAAAGAUGGUCUACAGAAGCCAUAUCAUCAAAGAGAGGAUGGAGUUGUGCAGUGCCAAAAUGGGUGUUCCAGUGAGCCACAUCUUCCCAGUGAAGAACUAUCAUAAUGAGAUUAACACAAACGAUAAUGUUGAUGUUUUGAUUCUCAAGGCAUUUGAUCAGAUUGUGCGUUCUGCUGAUGCAAGACUGAGGCGUGGUGAUUCCAACACGGUAUCGAGCAGGAUUCCCAUCUUCAAUUAA